GGAUCAAAAUGGCGUGCAUGUUGUGAAGUUGUAACGUUGUGCAGGUGAGAAUAACAAAUUGUUCAGCCAAAUUAAAAUGGUCUGGUGUGUUAUUUUUGCUUCUGGUUAUUGUAGUUGUUGUAUUUAGUGAUGGUGGAGUAACACCGGCUGUGUUUUAACGGAAUAGCUGGACGGUGAAACGAUGAGUACACUGGCGAAUCCGGAGAAAUAAUGAUGGCCAUGGAGUGUCCUGCGAGACUAAUGGCACAGCGCGUUUAACUCCUCACGAGAAUCAUUUUAAAAAACGCCAGAAAACGUGCGUCACUCUCCGAUAAAUCUCAAAAAAAAAUAAUGUACAAUGAGCUACAGCGGGAAUAUGCCAGAUUGGCAUCAGUAUAACCCCCCUCAGCCAGGACGCACCACAACAACGUCCCACACUCAAAAUGCCCCGUCGUCUCACCACUUCAUAUCCAGUAUUAGCCCCCCGGCGUCAGACGGGAUAAACCUUUCAACAUCUCAACAAUCUACUCUAAAACACCAGCGAAAUGAGGUCAACUACCCUCGCAAUUAUCCCACCGCAGCCCAUCAUGCAGGUGCAGGUCCAACAAGCACCGCUUUAUCAACCCCAGGGGCUCAUCACCCUCUCUCCAACUGCCCAGGACAUUAUGGCACCCCCUCUAGGCCUCCAUUGCUCGAUCCUCCCUCCUUGCAUCCUCCUCUCCCCCUCCCCGAUCCCGAAAUCCCUCACAGAACCCCCCAGAUGGCCUUCUCCACACCCGUCACCCACUCCAAUGCAAACCUGACAGUCAAUCCCAAUCUCCACACAGGAGGUCUCACCUCCCAGGUCUCUCCCGUCGCUCCCCUCUCUCCAGGAAGACAAUCCUAUCCCUGCAAACUUCCUUGCUGCAAUCCAGACACCCAAAUGGCCUAUCAACACUGGGAAAAAUACAACCACUAUCAGACCAACUCGACCUACAGGGAAAACCUCCAAAGAACAUCAUUUCCAAUGGAGAAUCGAAGGUACGUUCCUGAAAUAAAUUUGCGAAAAGACUGCGCCGAGAGUAAAGAACAUACAGGCACAUCCUUCCCCGGGAGCUCCUUGGAGCAUCGUCGAUCCUACGACUAUAAAUACAGGAAGGAAAUGUCGAGGAAUUACUCCUCCGGAAUUCAUCCCACCUAUCCAAUGCAGAGCUACAAUUUUCCGAGUGAUUGUCAAAAAUGUCCGCAUUCAGUGAAGGACUACAUGAGACGAGGUGGAACGUCAUCAUCGAUCAAUCAACAAAACCAACAGAUGAUGAAGUAUCCAGAGCAGCAGAUACCCCAGAAGUACAAUGGAAAAUUGAAUUAUCAAAAUGGAAAUCAUCAACCGGCGAUGCCAACCACCAGCACAACCAAUCUUCCAUCUCCUCUUCAGAAUUCCUACUUUAAUACACCGAUGUCAAGAGAUGUACCUCGAGAAUUUCCCCGCGAAUAUCAAGAGGCGAACGCAAUAAACAGGAUACAGCCCCCAGGGAAUACCUCCAUAAUGCAUGGCAGUUACCAAAAAUUUCACGUCUAUCAGCAAAAAAUUGCGAUGCAGAGGUUUUCCCUGGAGAAUCACCUCAGGGGAAUAACGAGAGUGCCAGGAUACCAGUCCCAUCCGAAGUAUCAAGAAUGGAUUAUGAGAUAUCGAGAGAUAUUGAGACUCCAGCAAAAUAUAGAUUGUCAGAAUUUCCUCCAGGAGCCAAAGAUCCCUUCAACUAGUCCAAAUGCUCCAGUCCCACCAAUUAAUCUACAAUUCGAUCAAAAUGGAUGUCUAAUAAACUCUUCAUUCACCCACGGACACUAUCCAGGGAUGCAUAAUUCAGUGAAUCCGGCGCCAAAUCCAGAAGUCCCUGAAACAUCACCGCAACCUCCAGGAAAUGUGAUGAAUCCCCUGGAUCAGAACAUGUAUAAGCAUCCCGAUCAAUCGAUCACCAUGCCACGGGACGAAUCUCUUCGUCAUCUCCGUAACGAUGUCCCUGGGCAAUAUCGACUGCCCGACAAUCCCAACGAUAACUUCGAUAGCAUGAUCGUCGAUGUAGACAGCAUAGAUCCCACGAGAACGAUGACAUCAGGAACUGAGACGAUGUCAACGACAACAGCACCAACAGCUGACUUAGCAAAUUCCCGGGAGUUCACUGACAAACCACAAUUAGACGUGCGACAGUUCCUCGCCAAUUGGGACGAGACGGAGGAGGAAGAGGGAAAUGGCAACACACAGGAAGUAUCAAGUAAUCCGAGCUCAGUGAUUGUGAGAAACAUGAGAGAAGUUAAUGCUCAGAGUCAUAGCAGUAAGGUGGCUAGUCCCCAGGAAACCCACCUCCAUAAUCAGAGCUCCAAUCAGAAUAUAAAUAUGAAUACAAGUCCAAUACAAAAUGUGAAUCAGAAUGAGCAGCAGGCAGCGUUAAAUACGUCACCAGUUGAAUCAACCCCAAACACAAAUAUCGAGACAACUGUAAUGGAAUCGUCUGAGGUGGAGACCAUUGCGUCAGACGAAUUGAAGACUAUCGAAGACUUAACUAGCUCUGGAGCUAUAGUCCAGUGCAUUCAAUCUGAUAGCAGUGAUAUUCCUACUAUUCAUAUCGUCGAUCAUUUGCCACAAGAUUCUGAACUUGCAACUAUUCGAACUGUUUAUGGAGACGUGACGUCCCUGAGUAUCGAGCAAAUAGCAUCAGCACCAAUUGAAAUUAUCAACGAUAAUCAGGAGACCGGAGAGACCAUCACUCUAUUUGGGCAAGAUACUGGGGUUUGCUCGAAGGAGCCAGAGUGUCCCAGCGAGGAACUUGAGGAAGCAUCUGGGGUGAUCGACGAGGUGGGCUCGAUGGAGCUCUCACCAUCCUCGAGGAGUCCUGUCAAUUUAACAACUAAUAGUGCGGCCAACGAUGGAAAUAGAUCUGAGGAGAUGCCACAAGAUGGUUCUCCACCUCGCGACACCAAUGAAAAUAAUCAAAAGACUCAGAUUAGUGAAACAACUCCCCUGGCACCGUCCUUAACCACUUCUCUCACAACUUCCCUGAGGAAACAACACAGUUUCGCGAGUGAAGAGUCUCACAAUCCCGAUGAUAUCAGCCUCCCAGAUCUCCCGAUGUCAGAGUGCACUCCAAUAUCAACGACCUUGAACACUCCAGUGCAUUCCGACAGUGAAGAGUCUUCAGGUCCCGUGGAAAAUCUCUCGAUAUCAACGAAUCCUAUAGAAGUCGUUCAGAAUUCUCCAAUAAUCAGCUUCACUCAUUCACCCCUGAAAACCGAUCCUUAUAGUAAUCUUGAGACUAACAGACUAUCAGAUAAACGUCCACACAAUUCUCUGGACUUUGAUUUUGUUGGGAGUUCGGAUAAGGAUUCAGCGGUAAUUGAGAAUUUUGAAAUAGCCAGAAGAUCAUCUCCAGAGUCAUCUCUGUCGGGCUCAAAGAAUCCAGAGGAGUUUGAAAAUCGUUCAGAAGUGCCUUUGAUGAGUAACCCUGAGAAAUCUGAUAAGGAUCAAGAAUUUUAUCCAUCUUCUGAUCCCCUAGUAGGAAUGAACAAGGAGAAAAAAAAUUCAAACGAGAUAACCGACUCAUCUAAUGAUAUUACUCAAGUUGGCGAGUGUUCAGUGGGUUCAUUAAAUAGUAAUCCAGUGCCAGGUACUCCAGUCAGUCGUAUUUUAUCGACUGAUGAGAUCGACACUGGGAAAUGUCCAUCAAUUAUUGAUACCGAGGACUUUCAGCCAACAGAUGACCUCGAUAAACUCUGCAAUAUAUCAUUGGAUAGCUCCUGCAUGAUGCCCUUAAUAGCUGAGGACUCGCACGACCCUAGACUUUCAAUAGUUUCGAUCGAUGGUCUCAAAAAUGUUUUGCCAAUUAGUAAUUUGGAUGAUCUUGACUCGUCCGAUGACGAGGAAAAGGAUCAUAAUGAUUGGGUGGAAGUUGGGUCAAUGGACGGAUGUGUAGAAACAAGUGGUGCUAAUGAUAUGAUAAUCAUGCCAAAUGAAAAUCCAAGUAUUGAAGUAGCGUUACGCGAGACUGAACUCUUGAGUGAAGAUAAACAAGAAAAGAAUACACCUCAAAAGGCUAAAUACAUUCGUUCGAUAUUUGACACCUCUGAGGAUUCGCAGAGCACUGGAUUUGAGGAGUUCAUGAGGAGACGAGAGGAAAGAAACGUGAAAGAUCGUUUGAACGCAUUAGCCGAAUAUAGAAGAGACAAACUAAACAUUUUGGAGAGUGUGAAUAUUCAAAAAAAUUCAAAUGAGGGGGAAAUUUCUCUCUCAAAGUCACAUCUCGAUAAUUGUGGUGUUGAUUUAUCAAUUAUCGCAGGAAAGUCCUUCGAAGAGCCACCGACAGAAAUUCACAGAAAUCAAAUAAUACGAAAAAUCGAACCUCUAAAUAUCGAUGCCUGCAAAGUCAUUCAAAGUUUUCGAAGAACCCAUAAAGACACUGACGUUGAGAUACACGUGGCGAACAUAAAUGUCGAAAAACUGUGCAAUUCGACCAGUGAAGAGGCAGAUGCUAUUGAAAUAAAGAUAAAUGUAUCGAGACACGAUAGAAAAAAUCGACUGAAAUGUGUGGAAACAGCAGGCGACGCGAAGAAAAGUUAUUUUGCCGAAUUUGAAAAUGGAAAUUAUCGACCACAGAAAAUAUUUCCUCGUAGAAGGAUAUCGAAUCCUGAGUCAACGGGACCAAAGAAAUCAUCGAAAAAUAUUCGAAGGAGAUACAGUGGAGGCCACAGCUACAGAUUCCACCGUAAAUCGACUGAAGAGCGAAACUUGGAGAGAAUUCGACUGGAGCCGCUCCCAAAGCUUCCGCCUCUUCCAAAAUCAUUCAAUAAAUCAGAGACUAGUGAGGUGAGCUUGUCGGAGGGUCCAGUAUCCUCUCAUGAUGACUCCCAGACAUCCACUGGGAUAUCAAUUCCCACAGAAACACCAAAUACUUGCGACAGUCAAGGUACAGAGGAGGAAAGUAUCUUUGAGGAUGCGGAAAUGUUGAAAUCGAAAAAUCCAAGUCGGAGAGAAUCCUUGGACUAUGAGAAUUUCGCCCCCGAUUUCGAUGAAUUGGAGAACAUGGCGACGAGAUCAUCGCAGUCAAGAUUAGGUGAUGUAUCUUUAUUGAGCUCUCUGGUAACUCCAGGACCAUCCCAUGCAUCACAGACCACCGAUUUAUGGUCUAAAAUGAAUUUCUCCAUUGAUCCGUCAGCCAUGGAUUUUGAUAAUUUCGACGUGGCUCCUAAUGAUAAUCACAAUGACAUUCCCAUUGAGGACAGAACCUCCUCAACAUUAACAGAAGAUCGUGCUCUCAGUCGGAGAUUAGAAGAAUGUGAAAAAUUUCGAAAUCCCUAUUCGAAAACUCCCGGCAGUGAGUCCCCAGAGGUGCACCUUAAUACAGUUCCUAUUUACACGACCAAAGACGGUAAAAUAAAAUACAGUCCUAAUCCUAAGUACACGUACAGAGUUUUGAUAAUGGAAGCUAGACAACGAGAAGGAUUAUCUUGUGAUUUUUUGAGGGAUAAUUCUCUCAGUGAUAGGAGGAUGAAAGAUUAUCAUGGGAAACGAUUGCAAAAACGUAAACAAGAGACACCAAAUAAAGAUGAUAGAAGAAAAUACUGGAGUGAGUACAAUGUCAUGAGAUCGAAGGAUUCUUUAUCGAGGAAACGAUUGGAGGACUCGUCGUGGAGGACUAAUCGAUCGAAUAAAUAUGAUAGAUGGAGAGAACGACCUCCGGAAUUAGAGAGCGAUGAAGUUUCGAUUGGAUCGUGCAAAUCGGACUUUAAUAGAGCUCUCUUAGGAAAGAAACCUGACAGAGUAAAUUCUGCAGAGGAUUUUAAUGACUUACCGAUAAAAAAAAGCCAUUUGCUCCCUGAUAAAGAACGGGGAACUGAUAGUUUAAUGGUUGGAUCGAUAAAUAAUCUCUCGGUUAUGAGUCAGGAUUCAAGGACCGAGGUGGUAUCGAGUAACGUCAAGUGUGUUGAGAAUAGAAUAUUUAAUGGAGAUGAGUUGGAAUUGUUUUCGAGAAUUGUGUUGCCUACACCUGAGAUGGUGGAUAGAACGAAUUGUGAGGUGGAUAAACAAAAGGACACUCCAUUGAAUGAUUUUGAAGAGAUAGUUGAGGAUAAAAUUGAUUUAUGCAAGGAGAGGAGCGGUGGAGGAGUGCCGGAAUUGAGUGAUGAAGAGACUAAAGACCCCAAGGAUGCGAUAGAAUUUUUUAAACCCCCGUCAACCAUUGAUGUUGAACAAGAUUCUCAAGCUAUUUUAACGGACAGUGGUCUUGAAUCCUCCACGACAUAUACCGAGGGCUGUAAAGAGCCUAAACCACUGCCAAUGUGGCAACGAGAAAUAAUUACGAAUGCCGAGGGGAAUCCCGUAAUUAGACAAUGCGAAAAAUCCUCAGUAAUCCGCUCUCAAAGCAUAAAUUUAACAUUGGAGGAGAAUAAUGACAAGAAAGAGGAUAAAAUUGAACAAUUGGAGGAGAUUAUUGUUGAUAUGAGAGAUGAAAUGAAAGAUGAAGUUGAAAACGAAGCUGGGGAAAUUGUCAGAGAAGAAAUCAAAGAAAAGUCUCAGAAUAAUGAAGAAAUUGUUGUGAAAAUAAUUGAGUCUCCAAAGGAUGGUAUUUCUCGUUCUGAAAACCCUCAAUUGCCUAAAGAACAGAAAAUUUCUGACAUAACAAGUCUGGAGGCUUUGUUUCCAAAAAAUCACCAGAGUAAUUUUGAAAGUAGUAUUCUCAAAGGAUUGGAUUUGGCUUUUCCAAGCCGCCGCAUUGUAAAAUCGGAGCGACAAAAAAUUGUUGAAAUUACGAAAGAGGAUUCUACAAUUAAUGAAGAAAGUGUUUCAAAACCAGUUGGAAUAUUCGAGGGACAUUCAUCGAGUUUUUCAUCGACUAGAAAAUCGCAAGUGCCUACGAGGAGAGCUUCAAGCGACGAAAUGAAAAAUUUCAGAGAGAAAAUUCCGCCUUUCCAAUCAAAAUUUGAGUUUCUACCAUUAAAUCAAUUAUUUUGCGACUUUAGAAGAACUGAAAUGACUAAUAAAAUUUCCGAGGAGGUACAGGACAUUGAAAUGAGAGGAGAAGAGAAAGAAUCACAAGGCAAAAUGUCAAGAGAAAUAUUUGAGGAUUCUCAGACGACUGAGCAUCAAUUUGAAAAACCGGAAGUGCCUCCAGUGAAUUCAAUAAAAUCAUUCGUAACUUCAACGCGUAAAACUCUGCAGGUUGAUACACCUGAGAUGUCCACGGAGUCAGAAGUUUCGAUGUUCGACGAAAGUCUCAGCUCAACUCAAUUUGGCAGCGAGUAUGCAGCCUCGAAACCAGAUGAGGGCAGUAGCACUGGAGUUAAUUUUUUGUCAACAUCGAGUCAAGAAGCUAUAGAUGCCACUGAUCUCAAAGAGGUACGAAAGAAUCUCGCAUUGUGCGCCUUGAUUGACAAAUCAGAGACAAUUGAAAAAUCACCGGUGAUAACUCCUGACGAUAAAAUCGAGGCGCGAGAAAAAAUUUUAAUAUUCUCAGGACGAAUUACUUCAGAGAGUGAGGAUGACUCAAACGCUCAAGACGGAUCACCUAUACGAAGAACUCUGGAAGAAGAUUUGAGAAUUAAUCCGAAUGAGGACAAUGUUUUAAAUUUCUCUGGAAAAAUUCAGAGCCCAGAGGCUCCAUCAGAUCCUCAUAUCUCAUCCCCUUGUCGAUUCGAUUUGCCUAUUGGAACAGACGGGACCAGUAAAGGCCUGAAUUUCUCUGGAAAAAUUCCAAGUCCAAAAAAUUCAGAGGAUUUUUCUCCAAAGUCAGAGCAUAAAUUGGAAUUGACUCGAGGUAAAAAUGACGAAGACAAGAAUUUGACAUUUACUGGGAGAAUACAGAGUGAGAGUCCACCAAAAAGUCCAACCACCUUCGAUAAGAUUCCAAAGUUCAUAAUAAAAAAGACUGACUGCUCAUCGAGAUCCUCCUCGAUCUCCCAAAUAUUUCCCUCUGACACUUCUGCUCAAAGGAGUUUCGACAGUCGUGCAGUAUCCUUACACAGGCCAUCAUCACACCCAAAGAUACCAAAGAUGAUAAUAAGAAACGUUAGAUCUCGUCCUGGAACACCAACAAUAGAAGAAAAUGCCGUGGAACUUUCUUUCCCGAAAACCAAUGAGUCUACACACCAGAAGGUCUUCGAGGUGAAAAUUAAAUUCGAUGAGAAAUCCACUGGAAAUGAUCCAGGCCCUCACAUGCGAAAAGCCCUAGGUAUAAUCGAGUGCAAGGUACCAAAGAUGAAAAUCAAACUCGAGGACAAGCACUCAAAAAUGACAUUUGAGAACGCUUCGAUGGAAUUGUCAGGAAAUGACUCAGAGUCCUUCACCAAUGUUCCUAAAUUAAAAAUCAGGAAGAUAAGGAAAUCGCAUCUCCCUCAAGAUAAGAAAAACACUGUGUUACUGCACGAUAAACCCAAUAAUCAUUCGAUCAUACCCAUGACUGCCACAGAAUCGAGCAUUUCAGUGGAAUCAUCUCUCCACCCUUCGGAACUUCCUGAUAAACUCUUCGACAAAAUUCCAAAAUUAAAAAUAAAGAAGCAAGAGUCGAGGAAGUCCUCGCCAUCUCCCGAUUCUUCAAGGAGAAAACGACCAAGGAGUCCUCUGGAGUCAUCGACGAAACGCUUGAAAAAAUCUUCAAAUCAUCAUCGAUCGGCCGAGUCUCGGGACUCGAAAUUUUCUCCAGUUGACCUUGAAACAACGACAAAUUCGAUUACUGGCCUUUCUGAGAAAAUCCCUAAAGUGAUAAUUAAAAGGGCCUCAUCCACAUCAGAAUUCAAGUGUGAGCUGAGUAAAGAUGGGGCUGAGGGAAUAAUCAGUAGCUCUCGAUGGCAGCCAGAGGUGAAACUGGAGCGCUUCAAGGUCUUGGAUUCAAUAGCAAAAGAACAGGGAACGGUUCACCUUCCUGGUCAUAUCCUGGAGGAAGUGACUAGGUCACUCAAAACCGAUGAGCACUCGAGGAGUUCGAGGAAAUUUAAGAGAACGUCUUCUGUGCCGUCUAGGAGGCGUGACGAGUCUGACAGGUCUUCCAGCAGGGGCAGAAGACGUUACUCUGACCCGGAGAAGCAGCAGUGUUGUCAAAUCAAUGACUCUGAAAGCGAGGAUCUUCCACGAAGAGUUAGAAGGCAUUUUACCAGACCCUUGAUUGAUUUUUCAAGUCAAGACGAAAGUCUGAACACUAGAUCCGAAAUAUCAUCGAUAAUAUCGAAGCUAAAAGAUUCCCCUCUAAACGAAAAAAUGCCACGACUAAUUGUACACGCUGAGGAUACUACCAGAAGUGAAUUCGAGUACCCGAGCAUCAGUUCUAGUGACAAACCCUCGAAGAAAAAUUCUCAAAAGCUAAUGACACCGAUACCAACGGCUGAGAGUGUCAUUGAUGCUACAGCCGAUACAAAAAGCUCGGAAGAUCAAUCUGUCAUUAAACUCGAGUCCUCGGACGACAGUCAAACGACGAUAGAGAUGCUCCCAGCGGCCUCAGACACCUCCCAACCAGAAUCUGAAAUUCCAACACCUCUGGAAGGUGAGAGAAGAAUAGCAAAUGGUGACAUGGCGAGAUUGUACUCGUCUGAUGCAAUACCAACGCAAUUCGAGCUAGAACUCGAGAUUGUUGAUAACUCUUCGGUAUCUAUGGAGGUUCCAGUACCCGGGAUACAAUCAUCACCAUCCAAAGGGCACGAAGAGUAUCUCUGGAAUUAUCAACAGCAGGGGUCUUCACCAUCGGAUGCUCCUGGACCGAGUUUUCUCCCUGACAUUCAUAAAAUGGAAUCACAAAAUAUUCAGAGUGAAGCUAAAACUAUCUGCUCCUCUGACUUACUGGUUAAGGAAGUUUUAGCUGCAAAGGAAACCUUAAAAAGGUACUUAGCAUCUUCCAAAGAGGUGUCCAGUCCAGCUCCGAGGAUGAAGACUGCUGCCGAGAAGAAGCAGUUCUCUGCUUUCGAGUCUCCAAGAAUUUCUGGGAAGGAGGAACGAGUUGUGAGUGGAAAAGAGAGGAGUGUCUUCCAGAAGGAUGUGGGAACAUCUGGGGAUGUUUCAAGGGUCGAGGGAUCGAGGUCGAGGAAUGGGGAGAGAUUGAAAAAAGACAGGAGCUGUUCGUCUUCGGUGAGAAAGGAAAAUUCAAUGAGGAAGGAUGGUCAGAAGGUUUCUAAUAAGGAAACGAUGCCUAAAUCUAGUCGUGAUGGUACAAAGGAGCUGAAGAGGGAGAGAAGUCACAGUGGAUCCAGUGAGUCUACCUCCAAGAGGAUGAGGCCGCCUUCUACCUCGGGAUCGUUGAGACGAGAAGAGAGACGAGAGUCAUCCAGUAAGGCCGAGGGGAUGCGAACGAGUGAUGGAGGAAGCAGAAGCCAUAAAAAAUUUAAUUGUGUGAGAUCUCAUGAGAAUGUGAAUAGCAGGGAGACGAGGAUGAGGGAGGCGAUGCCUGUGUUGGUGCCUGAAGGGGGUAUUGUCAUUGAACCGAGCUUGAGGGAAACAUCUAGGUCUCCACCCGUUAUCACCAAGCAGGAGAGCAGUGAAAUUAAUGUGGAGAGUCCGAAGAAAAUUGAGGAGAGCGUCAGCGAAAAAAUUCGGGAGAUUAUAGAAAGGGAGACCGAGGGGAUGACGUUCGCCGAUAUUGUUACAAAAAUGGCUUAUCAUGAAAAGGCAACAAUAAAACACAAGAGAUACUGCAUACUCUGUGAAAGAUGGUUCCCAACAACCGCCAGGCACCGAAGACAUUUAAGUGGAUAUCAGCACCGUCAUACAGAGCUCACUCAACGCCGAACCGUCCAUGCACUAUUUAUGCUCUUCACUGGAAAACCAUGUCCAAGAUUACUGCCUGCUAGUAUCGUUAGAACUGACUGUACACCUGGAGAGGCAACGCCACUUCAAAUCGCCAUUCAGGAUGUAGCAAUAAGUCUGGAGAAAGGGGCUAUAGACAAGAUAAAAAAAUUACACGAAGAGGAUAAAUGAAUGAGGUGUGAGUAGAGAAUCCCUUAUAAUUAAAAAUUCAAAGCGGAAGGAGUGAUUUUAGUUGACUAGCCAAAGACAUUAAGAAAUGAAAUCAAUUUAAAACGGGAAUACAGGUUUUUCCAAUGUAAGAAAUCUAUAAGAAGUGAAACAAAAUGAAAAGACAAAAAAAUAAUAUAUAUUAAGUGUACAAAAUGAAAUGUUAGUGGACAAUUGUGGGAGUGCGCUCGACGAGUUUUAUGGGAUACAUUAUAUUGUACAAUCGAUUAAUAUAUAUUAUGUGUAUAUAUAUAUAUAUAUAAUAUAUAUACAUACUACAAUUUAUAUUUAUUACUGUGAUUUCUAAAGGGACUCACUGGUUAUAUGCAUAUACGCAGGUAUGCACGGGUUAUACAUGUGUUUUUUUCUAAGUAAAUAUUAUGUAAUAUUAAUUUGUCAUUGGGAGAAUUCCCAAACCAUCAAAGGACACUUUCAUAGGAUCAUUAUUUACUAUUUUCUACAGAUUUCGUUGGGAUAAGGGUAAAAAUCAACUUGGCCCAAUUUUUUUUAAUACGUCUUAGUCUCUUAAUGGAAUUAUCCAGCACAUUUUUCGAUUGCUCUUGAUAAGCACGAGUGCCUUAACCAUUCGAUACAGUAUUUUUCCACGAUUUCAAAGACAUGAACCAGAAAAUAUUUACAAGAUUAUUUUUUAAAAAUCAUGAGUUGAAGAUGUGAUUUUGAGCACCCAAUGCAUUUUCAUUAAUGUGACAGAUUUUAAAUUGCAAACAUGGGUCUCCACGCAAAAUUGGGCUUUUAAAUAUGAAGGUGUUGUGAGAAAAUGAAGACUAGCUAUUAACAAGUACAAAGUUAACUACCAGAAUCAUUUUGCGUAAUUUUUUUUUUCCCCGCUUGUGUGGAAAAAUUGGUUCUGAUAAAACAUCACAUGGAAAAUUGAUAUUUUUGAAUAUGUCUCCGCUUUGUACCCGAUAUAAUUCUCUUAAGGAGAAAUAACACCUAAGAAAGUAUACCGAUGUGACCUUAUAGAGCAAAAAUAAUUUUGUCAUAAUAAAAAAGAUAUUGUAUAUUUCAAGAAUUGACCUAUUUUUGAUGGCUAUCAGUUUGCCAAAUGCUAGUAUCGCAUGGAGAUGCUUAAAUCAAAGAUCUACUUUUUAAAAAGAAUAUAAUCUAAUGCCGACGUUGUGAAAUAAAAAUCAGCAAUUACGCAUUUAUAUAUUAAAUCAAAACAGAGUGAGAAAAAAGAAGCUAUAUUUAUCGAUAACGGACACGUAUGCAUCAUUAAUUUGGCUAGAAAAUAGAGAAUUUGGAAUUUAGCGAUUCAGGUAUUUUAACUGUACGAUUGUUGUGCGUUCAAUGUGCCUAAUUAAGAAAAAAAGGGGAAAAAAAUGAAUAGUAGUAUAUACGGAGAAGAUAAUUAAUAUACGAUGAAUAUAUAUUUGUACACAUGUACAGAGAAACCUUACGUAUGGUCUGAGCGAUAACCGUAUUUGAACUAUUAUUCUGUCGUAAUUCGUGAGUGCCGUAUGUCCUAAAGACACCAGUACAGAAUUUAUUGAUCAAAUGAUGAAAUGACAGAAACAUAUGGGGACGAUUUCAUUCAAAAGUGGAAUAGUGAAACGUGACUAGCAGAACAAAUAUAUUUUCCAUAUUGACCAAUUCUUACGGUAUCACUUACUCUGAGAAUCAAUGCACAAUUAAUUCCUCUCGUUCUAAACUUGUGAUCAUUUCAUUCAGAUAUCCUAUGAUUGAUUUGCUAAAGUUUUAGUGGAGUGAAAAAAAUGAGACAUGAAAGAUAACACAAGAACAGCAAUAUAGUUACAUAUUUAUAUAUACGUUUGUACCUAGUUAAAAUAGUCCCUUCAUGCAUGAGUCAGUAUUCAAACGGAAAAAAGGUAAUAGGUGUGUUAAUUAUCACUGUUUCCUGUUAAAUAAUUGUAUUGAUAUAUUGAUCUUAUUGACAUGAAAAAAAAAAAAAAA